AUGGUGCGGUCCCCAGUACUCCUUGGUGCCAUCUUCUUGUCUGUUUUCCCAGGGCCCAGUGGGGCUGAUCGUGACAUGCCCAAGCUGGCCGAGUGGAAGCUGUGUGCGGAUGAGGAAUGCAGCCAUCCUAUCUCCAUGGCUGUGGCCCUUCAGGACUACAUGGCCCCUGAUUGCCGCUUCUUGAACGUGUACAGGGGCCAAGUGGUGUAUGUCUUCUCCAAGCUGAAGGGCCGUGGACGGCUCUUCUGGGGAGGCAGUGUUCAGGGAGAUUACUAUGGAGACGCGGCUGCCCGCCUGGGCUAUUUCCCCAGUAGCAUUGUUCGGGAGGACCUGAUUCUGAAACCUGCCAAAAUUGAUAUGAAGACAGAUAGUGUGUACCCAGGCUGGCCUCAAAAUUACUAGCCUUCAGCUCCAGCCUCCAGAGGGCUGCUUCGUUUCAGGCAUGUGCAACUAGGCCCUGCUCAGUGCCGAGUGAUUUCUAAUUGGGAAAUGCAGAGGUUACAGGGCUGGAAGAUAAUUUGUUCAUUUCUGUGAGGUCAAACCUGGUCCUUGCACUGGUUUUCUAUCUACUGUUUUUUUUCCCUUUUCUCUUUCAGAAAUGGGAUUUCUACUGCCAGUGAGCUCAGCCUACUGUUGUCCCUGCGGUUUACCUUCCCAGCUUUAUACAAAUAGAACAACCAACUGCAAACUGUUUUGUCUCUUUGGUUUUUGAGGUUGGGUGGACAUGUGCAAAGAAAAUAUUUCUUGGGUUUCUGAUCUAGCCAAUUAAUGCCCUGAAUGUGUUUACGUCAGUGGUUGCUAGGCAGAGUUUUACUGUUGUAAGCCCUUCGCUCCAAGCUGGGUAAGGUCUGGGGCCCUGAGCAAAGGAAUAAACUAAACAGUACAAUA